ACUUUCUGCUCAGUGCUCGUGACUCAUUAGGAACACACACACACGCGCUGUCAUGUGUUUUGUGUCUCCCCUGACUCACCUCAGGACGUGAAUGGGACGUGGAGGUGAUGAAUGCACCGAGCAGUCUGGACUGUGGAGCUCAACAUUCAAGACGUCUGGCGACAUGAGCGGCGUCACAGUUUGGGCAGAGGAAGGUGAAAUCACUCAAGAGGAAAACAGAUCUUCUCCUUCAUGGUCAGAAGAGAACUGUGAAGAGCUGUGGGAUCGUGUUGAAGGAGUGCGACACAAGCUAACCCGUAUCCUCAACCCGGCCAAACUCACCCCAUAUCUGCGCCAGUGCAAGGUCAUUGAUGAACAGGAUGAAGAUGAGGUGCUCAACUCCAUUCAGUACCCUCUGCGCAUCACCAAGGCCGGUCGUUUGCUGGACAUUCUGCGCGGCCAGGGUCCGCGAGGUCUUCAAGCCUUCAUGGAGUCACUGGAGUUUUACCAUCCAGAGCAAUACACACAGCUGACUGGAGAGCAGCCUACACACCGCUGCUCUCUUAUAUUGGAUGAGGAAGGUCCAGAGGGAUUGACUCAGUUUCUGCUGCUGGAGGUUCGAAAACUCAGAGUGCAGCUUCGAAACAGCCGAAUGUGUGAACGCCGCUUGUCUCAACGCUGUCGGGUGGCCGAGGAUGACCGCAGCCGUGCUGAACGUAAAGCUCAGGAGUUGCGUCACAACAGACUGCAGCUAGAGAGGCUGCGUCAAGACUGGGAGUCGGCCAGUCGAGAACUGGGCAAGCUUAAAGACAGACAUUUGGAGCAGUCAGUGAAGUACUCCAGGGCUCUCGAAGAGCAAGGCAAAGCCUCCACACGAGAGAAAGAACUGCUCAAGCAGGUAGAAGCGCUAAAGUCCAGGUUAACAAAGGCAGAGCAUCAAAUUAUGAAUCCUGAAAAAAGUCAGAUUCAAACUAACACAAAGAACACCUUGUUGUCCACUGGAAGACUUGGUUGUCCACCAGCUUUACCCGAAAAGCCGCCAUACCGUAUUGAAGUUCCGAAAACAGAAAAGACAGAAACUCAGAUGAGGGAUCCAAUUCCUACUACUGGAGUCAUAGCUCUGAUGGAUAUCCUACGGCAGGACCGCAGGGAGGCUGCAGAGCAGAGACAGGAGCUCUGCCACUUCAUCACUAGACUACAGGGGGAGGUACAUAGCACUGAGGAGCACAGGGACAAGCUGCAAUCCCAGUGUGAGCAGCUUCAGCUAAAGGGGAGGACUCUCCAGCUAGACUGGGAGACAGUGCAAAAGAGGAGUAUGUCCUACUUUAACCAGAUCAUGGAACUUGAAAAGGAGAGGGACCAGGCCAUGCGUAGUCGGGACAGCCUGCAGUUGGAGUACACCGACUGUCUAUUGGACAAGAAUCGUCUGCGUAAACGCAUUGCAGAGCUGCAGGCCAACAUGGAGCAGCUGCAGAGGGAGUUAGAGCGAGAGACAGAAAAGAACAGGGAACAAAUGGAGCAGAGCAGUCACUGUCUGCACUGUUCCCACCUGUCUCUGUGCAGUGAAGACCAAUGCUACGGACCCUGCUGCUCCCUUGGCCUGGACUUGAGCCUCCCUGUUAAUGGCACUCAUCUUCAGUUACGGAAGGCAUCCUCAAGAGGCCAAGCCAAUGACAAUUCAGAGGAUUCUCAUUCCAACUCUGAAGAGAAUCCAAUGUCAUCAACAGAAGAUGAGAAGGAAAUAAAUCGCCUCUCAACAUUCCCAUUUCCUCCUUGUAUGAACUCCAUCAACCGAAGAUUCAAUACAGAGUUUGACUUGGACUCGUGCGGCAGUGAUGAGAAUGACAACAUUCCAGGUGGAUACAGUGAACCUUCUCUAUGGGAUUCCUGGAACUCCCAACACUCUCAUUUCUUCCCUCCUGAUCUGGUCAAUCUGCCUCCUGUUAACAGACAUCGAGACAAUCGCAGCAGUCCAAGGAUACCUCCCAUCUCUCCAUCUUCAAGCCCUCCCAUGAUGCCAAAGCACGGAAGAGCCAGCCUGGCUGAUGACAUUACGAUAACUGGUGGAAACCAAACGGGAAUCUUUGUCAGCCACGUUAAAACUGGUUCAGUGGCAGAACAAUGUGGGCUGAAGGAGGGAAGUGAGCUGCUGGAGCUAGAGAAUGUUCUCUUCGGUGGAGGAAAUAUGCUGUUCAGCCAGUGCACUGCUGAGGUAGCACACUUUUCUCUCAAAUGGUGGACUGAACCGUCCACACUCAAACACCAGAGCAACCCAGAGGCAUAUGCCAAGCUUUGCUCCCAGCUCUCUUGGCCCACUUUCAAGGGUGCUGACUCAUUUUAUGUGCGGGUCAAUCUCAACAUUGAGCCUCUUGGAGACCCACCGUCUCUGAGUGUAUCCUGUGAUGACAUCAUACAUGUCACGGACACAAGGUGGAAUGGCAAAUAUCACUGGCGCUGUUCCUUGGUGGACCCUCUCACAGCCAACCCCCUGCAGGCAGGAAACAUGCCCAAUUAUAACAGGGCACAACAGUUGUUACUUGUCAAGUUACGAAAAAUGGCCCUGGAGCAAAAGGACUUCAAAAAGAAGUUCAUGAAGAAAUCCUCCGGUCAAGUUCGUCUGGUUAAGGCACUGGACCCCAAAUGCCGUGGGAUAGGGGCCACACAACAGGUUCUUUACACAUUGAACAAACGACACGAGGAACACUUGAUCCCUUACAGCCUAGUGGAGCCAGUGAAGGUUCAGUCUAAGCGGCCCGUCAUCUUCUCACCAUCUCUCCUCUCCCGUGCCCUCAUAGAGAGACUGUUGCAGCCUGUCGAGUCUGGGUUACAGUACAACACCUGUGCUCCAGAGACAAUACCGGCCUCUGAGAGGAGAGACAAGAGCAUAUUUCUAUUGGAUUCCCAGACACAAGAGCCAAUGCUAGGCAUACGGCUACAGUCCAUACAAGAGGUCAUCAGCCAGGACAAACACUGUUUGUUAGAGCUGGGGUUGCCCUGUGUUGAGGAUUUGUUGAGACAAGGGAUUUAUCCUAUUGUCAUCCACAUCCAGCCAAAGAGCAAAAAACACAAGAAGCUCAGAAAGUUUUUUUCACGGUGUGGGGACGAAAGUGUAAUGGAAGAGAUGUGCCAGUUGGAGCAGUUGCAGCUGGAGACUCUGCCUCUACUCUACGACACUUUGGAGCCCAGCACAUGGAGCUGCACAGAAGAGCUGCUCACAGCCAUACGCAAUGCCAUCAUUAGCCAGCAGAUGUCAGUAGCUUGGGUUGAGUUUGAUAGGCUGUAAUAAUUUCUCUGCAGUAUCUCACUGCACACCACCAAACAAAAAUGUCACAAAAGUCGGAGCUAGAGUUUGGACACCCCUUCUGUAGAGGCUUGCAAAAUGAGUGUAAUGACUCAGGAUUUGUUAAGAAACCACAACCAGAUUUCUCAUGUGAACUGAUUUCAAAUCUUCAUUUUGACUGCAUAGACUCCCUUUUAAUCAACUUGAGUGUGUAUUGUUUUGUUGAUAUAGCUGUACUUGUUCUCAUGGUGCCAGGAUUUAUUUACUUUUUCAACUACUGCUGCAUUGGAGGCAGCACGAUGCACGACUGGUUAGCACAUCUGCCUCACAGUUCUGAGGUUCAAAUCCGGCCUCGCCUGUGUGGAGUUUGUAUGUUCUCCCCGUACCUGCGUGGGUUUUCCUCAGGUGCUCUGGUUUCCUCCCACAUUCCAAAAAUAUAGAUGGUAGGUUAAUUGAAGACUCUAAAUUUCGCUUAGGUGUGAAUGUGAGUGUGAAUGGUUAUGUGUUUACGGUGGGUACGGAAAGUAUUCAGACCCCCUUAAAAUUUUCACUCUUAGUUAUAUUGCAGGCAUUUGCUAAAAUCAUUUAAGUUCAUUUUUUUUCUUCAUGAAUGUACACAUAGCACCCUAUAUUGACAGAAAAAAAAGAAUUGUUAAUAUUUUUGCAGAUUUAUUAAAAAAAAAAAAAACUUACAUAUCACACUGCCAUAAGUAUUCAGACCCUUUUCCCGGUAUUUAGUAGAAGCACCCUUUUGAGCUAAUACAGCCAUGAAUCUUUUUGGAAUUAGUUUUUUGGGGGAUCCUCUGCCAUUCCUCCUUGCAGAUCCUCUCCAAUUCUGUCAGGCUGGAUGGUGAACAUUGGUGGACAGCCAUUUUCAGGUCUCUCCAGAGAUGCUCAAUUGGGUUUAAGUCAGGGCUCUGGCUGGGCCAUUCAAGAACAGUCACUGAGUUGUUCUGAAGCCACCCCUUCAUUAUUUUAGCAGUGUGCUUAGGGUCACUGUCUUGUUGGAAGGUGAACCUUCGGCCCAUCCAGCAUAUCCCUGUACUUGACCGCAUUCAUCUUUCCUUUGAUUGCAACCAGUCGUCCUGCCCCUGCAGCUGAAAAACACACACACAGCAUGAUGCUGCCACCACCAUGCUUCACUGUUCACUGUAUUGGACAGGUGAUGAGCAGUGCCUGGUUUUCUCCACACAUACCGCUUAGAAUUAAGGCCAAAAAGUGCUAUCUUGGUCUCAUCAGACCAGAGAAUCUUAUUUCUCACUAUCUUGGAGUCCUUCCGGUGUUUUUUAGCACUUUAGCAAUUUCUAGAACGUUCUCCCAUCUCCCGACUGCAUCUCUGGAGCUCAGCCACAGUGAUCUUUGGGUUCUUCUUUACCUUUCUCACCAAGGCUCUUCUCCCCCGAUUGAUCAGUUUGGCCAGCUCUAGGAAGGAUUCUGGUCGUCCCAAACGUCUUCCAUUUAAGCAUUAUGGAGGCCACUGUGCUCUUAGGAACCUUAAGUGCAGCAGAAUUUUUUUUUGUAACCUUGGCCAGAUCUGUGACUUGCCACAAUUCUGUCUCUGAGCUCUUCAGGCAGUUCCUUUGACCUCAUGAUUCUCAUUUGCUCUGACAUGCACUGUGAGCUGUAAGGUCUUAUAUAGACAGGUGUGUGGCUUUCCGAAUCAACUCCAAUCAGUAUAAUCAAACACAGCUGGACUCCAAUGAAGGUGUGUAAUAUAUGAGCGUCACAGCAAAGGGUCUGAAUACUUAUGGCUGUGUGAUAUUUCAGUUUUUCUUUUUUAAUAAAUCUGCAAACAUUUUCAACAAUUCUGUUUUUUCUGUCCAUAUGGGGUGAUGUGUGUACAUUAAUGAGGAAAAAAAGAACUGCUUUUAGGAAAUGGCUGCAAUAUAACAAAGAGUGAAAAUUUUAAGGGGAUCUGAAUACUUUCGGUACCCACUGUAUAUGUGUCCUGUGAUUGGCUGGCCACCAGUUCAGGGUCUACCCAGCCUCUCGCCCGAAGUCAGCUGAGAUAGGCGCCAGCACACCCUCGUCCCGAGUGAGGAUAACCGGUUCAGAAAAUUGAUGGAUGGAAGUCAACAUGUACAAACCCCAAUUCCAAAGAAGUCAGGACGUUGUGUAAAAUAUAAAUAUAAACAGAAUACAAUGAUUGCCAAUUCCUCUUCAACCUAUAUUUAAUUGAAUACACUACAAAGACAAGCUAUUUAAUGUUCAAACUGAUCAACUUUAUUUUAUUUAUUUAUUUUGCAAAUAUUCACUCCUUUUGAAUUCGAUGCCUGCAACACAUUCCAAAAAAACAUGUUUACCACUGUGUUACAUCACCUUUCCAUUAACAACACUCAGCAAGUGUUUGGGAACUGAGGACACAAUUGUUGAAGCUUUGUAGGUGGAAUUCUUUCCCAUUCUUACUUGAUGUACAACUUCAGUUGCUCAACAGACUGGGGUCUCCAUUGACGUAUUUUGCGCUUGAUAAUGCACCACACAUGUUCACUGGGAGACAGGUCUGGACUGCCGGCAACACAGUCUAGUACUCACACUCUCUUAUACGAAGUCACGCUGUGCAGAAUGUAGCUUGGCAUUGUCUUGCUGAAAUAAGCAGGUACAUCCCUGAAAAAAGACAUUGCUUGGAUGGCAGCAUAUAUUGCUACAAAACCUGCAUACACCUUUCAGCAUUAAUGUUGCCUUCACAGAUGUGCAAUUUACCCAUCCCAUGGGCACUAACACACCCCCAUGCCAUUGAAGAUGCAGGCUUUUGAACUUUGCACUGAUAACAAUCCAGAUAGUCCUUUUCCUCUUUGGCCCAAAUUGUCCAUGAAGAAUUUGAAAUGUGGACUCGUCAGACCACUGCACACUUUUCUACUUUGUGUUAGUCCAUCUCCGAUGAGCGCAGGUUCAGAGAAGCUGGGGGCGUUUCUGGUGUUUUUUAUUAUAUGGCUUUCACUUUGGCGGCACGGUGGCCGACUGGUUAGAGCGUCAGCCUCACAGUUCUGAGGACCUGGGUUCAAUCCCCGGCCCCGCCUGUGUGGAGUUUGCAUCUUCUCCCCGUGCCUGCGUGGGUUUUCUCCGGGCACUCCGGUUUCCUCCCACAUCCCAAAAACAUGCAUUAAUUGGAGACUCUAAAUUGCCUGUAGGCAUGACUGUGAGUGCGAAUGGUUGUUUGUUUUGAUGUGCCCUGCGAUUGGCUGGCAACCAGUUCAGGGUGUACCCCGCCUCCUGCCCGAUGACAGCUGGGAUAGGCUCCAGCACGCCCGCGACCCUAGUGAGGAGAAGCGGCUCAGAAAAUGGAUGGAUGGCUUUCGCUUUGCAACAGUAGAGUUUUAACUUGCAUUUGCAGAUGUUGCGACGAACUGUGUUAACUCACAAUUGUUUUCUAGUGUUCAUAAACCUACGUGGGAAUAUCCUUUACACAAAGAUGCCGUUUUUUAAUGCAGUGCCAUCUGAGGGAUCAAAGGUCACAGGCAUUCAAAGUUUUUUUUUUUUUCAGCCUUGCCGCUUACGUGGAGAGAUUUUUCCAGAAUCUCUGCAUCUUUCAAUGAUAUUAAGGACCGUAUAUUAUGUAAUCCCUAAAUUUCUUACAAUUCUACAUUGAGAAACAUUGUUCUUAAACUGUUAGAUGAUUUCCUCAUGUAGUUGUUCACAAAUUGGUGAACCGCUGAGCAUUUCAGGGAUGCUCCUUUUAUACCAAAUCAUGACACUCACCUGUCCACUUGUGGAAUGUCCAAACAGGUGUUUUUGUUUGCAUUCCUCAACUUUCCCAGUUUUUUGUUGCCCCUGUGCCAUCUUUUUUUAAUGUGUUUUCGCUUUUGGAUAAGACAAUAAUAAGACCAUGUGAACUGCAAUGUUUUCAUAUAGAUAUUUGGAUAGCUUUUUUUUUUUUUUUUUACUUUUUAGAGGUUCAGCAGCGCUGCCUUUUUUACCUGUGCACAGCUUGUCUGCUCACUUCUAAAUAUACUAUUAGUUUUGUAAACAGUUGGUUAAAAAAUAAAAUUAUUUUAAAGUAAUUGUGUGUGCCUAAUCUGUGUGCUUGAACAUACAGAAAAUAUGUGUAACUCAUAUGUAACAGUAGAAAAUAUGUAGACAUCAAUGCAGUUUCAAGAUCUAAUUUCUAAGUAUAAGGUGGUAAGACAGUCCAGAGUAAAUGUCUACAUUUACACCCUCAAAACUAAUAUUUGAGCAAUGAAUUGUAGUAAUUUAUGACCGUACCAGAAGUCUAUUCUCUUUAUUUUGUCACGUUUCUCUUCACAAUAAUGUUUUCAGUUGAUAUGUGGAUGUUAUUUUUAUUUAUUAUUAUUAUUAUUAUUUUGUCCAAUCAGAUUCUCUAUGCUGCCAUGUUAGUCUAAUCUGCACAGGUCCUUAAGAAUCAGCUGUGCUGGCCAAUGUACUGUAUAUUACGAUACAAUACUAUCAAUGGGACUGUUUCUUUAAUGGGACUGUAAAGUAAUUUCCGUGUUUUGUUUCUAAAUACAUUAAAUAUGUUUGAAGUGCUGAAAACAUGUGCAACGACUGAAAACAAUUCAGUACUGAAUUGUCGAGAUAUAGUGUUAAACUCUUUUUCACCA